AUGACUAUUGUAGAAAUAUCUAUGUCAGCGUCUAGAAAAACAAAAAAACUUUGCACAAAGCUAGCUGCUAUCGGCCUUGCCAGCUCAGUCGUGGCAUUCUUUGUGUAUUUUGAGCCUCCACCCAGUGUUUACCAGUCUACAACAGCUGAAGCCGUGGAUCCAAAUGAGAAGCCCAUACUCCUGCUGUGGUUUUGGCCUCUUGGUUUGAAGUUUGAUCUUGAAGCUUGCGCUAUACUCUACAACAUCACCGGCUGUGUUCUGACAGAUAACAGAACCCUCUACAGCAAAGCCCAGGGAGUCAUUUUCUACCAUAAACACAUCUACGGAAAUUUCCUUUUGCGAAACUUACCUAAAGAUCCACGUCCUCCUUUUCAGAAAUGGAUUUGGUUCAAUGUAGAUUCUCCAGUGAGCACAGCAAAAACGUGGGGAUUGGAGAACAUAUUCAACCUGACGCUGAGCUACAGAAGAGAUUCUGACAUUGUGGUGAGGAAUGAAGUCACUAUCAGGGACACUGAAAAUAAAGAGCCCAUCGUUCUGCCCAAGAAGGACAAGCUGGUUUGUUGGAUUGUUAGCAACAGAAAUAGAGCACGUUUUACAUCUGGGAGAGAACAGUACUAUGCAGAACUGUCCAAAUACAUUAACAUCAGCAUUUUUGGUAAAGCUUUCACUGGGAAGAGGUUGAGCUAUGACCAAUAUUACUCCACCAUUGGUAGCUGUAAGUUUUACCUCUCCUUUGAGAACUCGAUCUGCGUAGACUACAUCACUGAGAUCAACGGGCCCCUUGUGGCGGGGACUGUCCCUGUAGUUUUGGGUCCUCCAAGAGCAACCUACGAACAGUUUGUUCCCUCAGACGCCUUCAUUCACGUGGAUGAUUUCCCUGAUCCUGAAGCUCUGGCUGAGUUUCUCCUCCAUUUGGACAUAAAGGAUACAGAGUACAUGCGUUACUUUGAGUGGAGGAAGUACUACUCCGUCACCCCUCACCUCCUCUCAACCAAGAAUGAAUUCAUUCAGCCCAUCUGCCUCGCCUGUGAGCACAUUUCAAGAGACCGUAAUUUCCAUGUGGUUCAUGACAUUUACAGCUGGUACUAUUCAGGGAUCAUUCAUUGA